AUGCCUGUGUCGACCUGCCCGUUGGAGCCGGAAGUGGCUGAGACAGCGCCACCGGCGCUCCCUUCGCUCCUGCCCACAUACAAGCACGCCGAGAGGCAACCGCUCGGAGCCCUGGAUGUGGCAAGCUUUUUUAGCGUGGAGGGAGCGGCCAGGAAGCAAGGGACGCUGAGGUCGCUGGCGGGCCAGUUUGCCGGCAUGCCAGGCACUGUGUCGCUCGGCGGAGGCUUCCCGCCGGCCUCGCUCUUCCCCUUCACGGGCCUCUCGCUGCAGCUGGCCUCUGGGGGGGCAGUGAACAUCAGCGACCCCGCAGCGGUCGCCUCGGCACAGCAGUACAACUUCAGCCUGCGCGGCUACCAGCCGCUGCUGCAGUGGGUGGAGGGGCAUGUGGGCGCCAUGCACUCGCCGCCGGCGGCGGGCGCCCACCAGAGCCUCAUCACAAACGGCGGCAACCACACGCUGGAGAUGAUUAUGGCUCUGUUCAUGGACCGAGGCGACAGCCUGCUGCUGGAGGAGUACAGCUACCCAGUGAUGACGGAGAGCCUGGCGCAGCCCAAGGGCCUGCACGCCGUGCCGGUGCCCAUAGACGCGCAGGGGAUCAUACCCCACAGGCUGGAGGCUUUGCUGGAGGGCCUCAGGGCGGCCGCCGCCGCGGGGUCCCCCGUGCGCUUCCCCAAGCUGCUCUACACCGUGCCUGUGGCCCAGAACCCAACAGGCAAGCCGGGCGCCUGCUGCACCGUCACCUCGGAGAGGCGGGCCGCUGUGUACCGCCUGUGCCAGCGGUACAACCUGCUGCUGGUGGAGGACGACGCCUACUUCUUCCUGCAGUACCCCAGCGGCCCAGAUGCUGUCCCAGGGCUUCACGGCCUGCAGGGCAGCGGCAGCUACCUGUCCCUUGACGUGGACGGCCGCGUGAUCAGGGUGGAAAGCUUUGCCAAGUUCAUGGCACCUGGCCUGCGGCUGGGCUGGGUCACAGCACACCCCCAGAUCAUCGACAAGCUCGCAAUGAUAAUCCAGUCGCACACGGUGGGCCCCUGCUCGCUGGCCCAGGUGGUCAUGACAGAGGCGCUCAAGGCGUGGGGAGAUGAUGGGCUGGACGCACACCUGCGCAUGGUGCAGCGCGAGUAUGCCACCCGGGCAGAGGUCGUCGCGGCGGCCUGCCAGAAGCACCUGGCGGGCCUGGCGGAAUGGACUGUACCCUCGGCUGGCAUGUUCCUCUGGCUGCGCCUGCUGACGGUGGAAGACGCCAGCGAGAUCUGGGGCGCGCUCAAGGCGGCCAAGGUGGUGCUGAUGCCGGGCCGCGCCAUGCACUGCCGCUCCGCCGACCCCGCCUUCCGCUCCCCCUACAUGCGCGUCUCCUACUCCUAUGCACCGCCAAAGGACCUGGAGGAGGGCAUGCGCCGCCUGGGGCAGGUGCUGCGCGAGCACGCAGCCGCCCAAGUGGAGGCCGCUGACGUCGGCGCCGCCGCCAAGACCGGCAUGCUGCUGGGCUGA